GUUCGAGUAUUAGUUGACAUGGUACAAGUAGUGGACGAGGCAGCUAUAUCACACGGGGUUCAAAUUGUAAUAAAAUUCAACGAAAAAGUCAUGGAUUCGACCGAAAAUGAGAGCCAUGUGAGGAGCCGAGUCGAGUCGGACGAAGACGAAGCCGCCAGCUUAUUCGCAAUGCAGCUAGCCAGCGCUUCAGUGCUUCCCAUGGUGCUGAAGUCAGCGAUAGAGCUGGACCUUCUCGAGCUGAUGGCUAAAGCCGGACCGGGAGCAGCUGUCUCCCCUUCCGACCUUGCCGCUCAGCUCCCGACAACUAACCCGGACGCAGCCGUCAUGCUGGACCGCAUUCUCCGGCUGCUGUGCACCUACUCUGUCCUGAACUGCUCUCUCCGGACCAUCCCUGACGACGGCCGGGUUGAGCGGCUCUAUAUCUUGGCGCCGGUCUGCAAGUAUUUGACCAAGAACUCCGACGGCGUUUCCAUGGCGCCCCUCUUGCUCUUGAAUCAGGACAAUGUCCUCAUGAAAAGCUGGUAUCACCUAAAAGAAGCGGUUCUUGAAGGCGAUAUACCCUUCAACAAGGCGUAUGGAAUGAGUGCAUUUGAAUAUCCAAGAACAGACCCAAGAUUUAACACAGUUUUCAACAAUGGAAUGUCGAGUCACUCUAGCAUUGUUUUAAGAAAAAUCCUAGAAGAUUACAAGGGAUUCGAAGGCCUCAAAUCCUUGGUGGAUGUCGGUGGCGGGACGGGCAGCACCCUUAACAUGAUUGUUUCCAAGUAUCCCGACAUCAAGGGCAUUAACUUCGACUUGCCUCAUGUUAUUCAACAUGCUCUUCCUCAUCCUAGGAUUGAGCAAGUCGGUGGGGACAUGUUCGCGUCCGUGCCCAAGGGAGAUGCCAUUUUCAUGAAGUGGAUUUGUCACGAUUGGAGCGACAACCACUGUUUGAAGCUUUUGAAGAAAUGCUACGAAGCGCUUCCGAGAACUGGAAAGCUGAUCCUUGCAGAGGGCAUUUUACCAGAAGCACCGGACACCUCUCUGGCGACGAAAAAUGUGGUCCACGGUGAUGUGUUCAUGAUGGCUUUUAAUCCGGGCGGGAAAGAAAGAACCGAGAAGGAAUUUAAGGACCUCGCUAAGGGUGCUGGUUUUAGAGAGUUUCGCAAGGUUUGUUGCGCUGUCAAUACUUGGAUCAUGGAACUUUACAAAUGACCAAAUUGGAUGAUAAUCAGCUCAGCUCAGUUUCAAUGGUUACUUUGGAACUGUGAAAUAAGAAUGAAAUAAAAUUGUACAUUGUUUUGGUUCUGUUGCUGAGUUUGUUUGAAGUACCCUACAUUGUAUGAUCUUUCAACACCAAUAACAUUUCAUGAAUAUGUUGCAAUAAAAUUUGUUUUUAAAUGCCAAUCGAUUGAUUAACAGAUCGAGAGUUGAGCAACUCAGGUGUCACAAAUUGAACGGGCC